UCCAAGCCACUAAACUCGCCCGGAGCGGAAUUAUUGUUUGGAUCACCACCCGGACUCACCCGGACAAGUCCAGUUUUUCGAAGCCGGCUUCCUCGAAAUCUCAACCGGCUCUUUCAUUCGUUGAUUGUUCGUUGGUGUCGUGUGACGUGUCUUCAAACGUAAAUACUAAUCAAGAUGUGUGACGAAGAAGUAGCCGCAUUGGUGGUCGAUAACGGCUCCGGUAUGUGCAAGGCCGGCUUCGCCGGGGACGACGCCCCCCGUGCUGUGUUCCCGUCGAUUGUGGGUCGCCCCCGCCACCAGGGUGUGAUGGUGGGUAUGGGCCAGAAGGAUUCGUACGUCGGUGAUGAGGCCCAAAGCAAGCGAGGUAUUUUGACAUUGAAAUACCCGAUUGAGCACGGUAUUGUGACAAACUGGGACGAUAUGGAGAAAAUCUGGCAUCACACUUUCUACAAUGAGUUGCGUGUCGCCCCCGAGGAGCAUCCCGUCCUCUUGACUGAAGCCCCCUUGAACCCUAAAGCGAAUAGAGAGAAGAUGACCCAAAUAAUGUUCGAGACGUUCAACACGCCGGCGAUGUAUGUCGCUAUUCAAGCAGUAUUGUCUUUGUAUGCUUCCGGUCGUACGACUGGUAUUGUGUUGGAUUCGGGUGAUGGUGUCUCGCACACUGUCCCGAUUUAUGAAGGGUAUGCUUUGCCACAUGCAAUCCUUCGUUUGGAUUUGGCUGGGAGGGAUUUGACCGAUUACCUCAUGAAAAUCCUGACUGAACGUGGCUAUUCCUUUACUACAACCGCCGAGAGGGAAAUCGUGCGUGAUAUCAAAGAGAAACUCUGCUAUGUAGCGUUAGAUUUUGAACAAGAAAUGGCGACUGCUGCGAGUUCUAGCUCCUUGGAGAAGAGUUACGAGUUGCCUGAUGGGCAAGUCAUCACCAUCGGUAAUGAGAGGUUCCGUUGUCCUGAAGCCCUCUUCCAGCCGUCGUUCUUGGGAAUGGAAGCGUGUGGUAUCCACGAGACUACUUACAACUCGAUCAUGAAGUGCGAUGUUGAUAUCCGUAAAGACCUCUACGCUAAUACUGUCCUCUCUGGAGGUACUACAAUGUAUCCGGGGAUUGCUGAUCGUAUGCAGAAGGAGAUCACCGCGUUAGCCCCCUCGACGAUGAAAAUCAAAAUAAUUGCCCCACCUGAAAGGAAAUACUCUGUGUGGAUCGGUGGUUCCAUCCUAGCUUCACUCUCUACAUUCCAACAGAUGUGGAUUUCCAAACAGGAAUAUGACGAAUCUGGACCAUCCAUCGUCCACAGGAAAUGCUUCUAAAUUUCUUUUUCCAACUUGCAACAUUCCACUAUUUAGUCAUCAGUUCAAUUUCGUUUGUAUAUUAACUGCGAUAGGAGGCCUUUGUGCCUAAAGAACUGCCAUUUUUUGUAUGUUGACAAGCAAUGUACGGUUUCAUAUUUGCACUAGGCCAAAGUAUUACUAUCUUAUUAUAAUUUAUUCCGUACGCAGAAGACUCUAUUAUUAUGUAUUUACUUUAGGCUAACACUUAUGGGAUAAUAAAAUAGUUAAAAUUUGUAAAAUACACUUGACUUUUUAUUUAUAAUUUAUUCAGUUUUCUACAAUAAACACAAAAUGCCAA